GCGGUCCGGCUGAGAGCAGCGCCGAUUCCGCGGCUCUUCUCCGGCGCCGCCCCUUCCUCUAGGUGCCUCCUCGCUCAGCCAGCCAGCCGGCCUCCACGGCCCGCCCGCCCGCUACGCGAGCCCGGGGAUCGUAGCGGCGCGCCAGGCCCCAGGCAGAAAGGGCGCCCGAGGAGUGAGAGUGGGGAGGAGAUCCCCCAGAGCAGCCCUGGAGCCUAAAGCUGGGAGAAAACAUCGGAAGCCAGGCUCCUUCAGAGGCGUUCUGGAAGGACAAGGCGCUGGGACCUCAAGGUGACCACCGGGAUGUCUGGCCUGCUUUGGUCUGAUGUGUCUCAAAGCAUGUCAGAAACCUGGUCACAGCAGCCGCCACCCCCCCAGCAGGCCCCGCAUCACGUGGCCACAGCCACCCUUCCAGAGCACCCCAUCCCGCCCAGUGCGGUGACCGAGAACCCUUUGGGCUGUGCCGUCUAUGGUAUCCUCCUGCAGCCGGAGCCCAGCGGGUUGCAGCACCCAUCCAUCUCCGCCAGUGGUGGAGGGGAGGCCUCUCCCAAAUGUGGGAUUUGUGGGCAUGACCUGUCUCACCUCUCCAACCCCCAGGAGCACCAGUGCCUACAAGGCGGCCACGACCGUUCCUUCCAGUGCACUCAGUGCAUGAAGAUUUUUCAUCAGGCUACGGACCUUCUGGAGCACCAGUGCCUGCAGGUGGAACAGAAGCCCUUCGUCUGUGGUGUCUGCAAGAUGGGCUUCUCCCUGCUCACCUCGCUGGCCCAACACCACAGUGUCCAUAAUGGCAACACGGCCGUCAAGUGCUCCAUCUGUGAAAAGACCUACAAGGCAGCCGCGGCGGCAGUGGCAGCUCCCGAGGAACCUGCCCCGCCACAGCAGCCGGCGGCCCUCAACCGGACCCCCGCGGAGAAGCCGUACAGCUGCUCCAUCUGCCAGAAGCCCUUCAAGCACCUCUCGGAGUUGUCGCGCCACGAGCGAGUGCACACCGGGGAGAAGCCCUACAAAUGCAGCCUGUGCGACAAGAGCUUCAGCCAGUCCUCACACCUGGUGCACCACAAGCGCACCCACAGUGCUGAACGGCCCUACAAGUGCACCGUGUGCGAGAAGGCCUUUAAGCACCGCUCCCACUUGGUGCGCCACAUGUAUGCCCACUCAGGCGAGGCCCACCUCUUCCGCUGCAACGUCUGCGAGUUGCACUUCAAGGAGUCCUCGGAGCUGCUGCAGCACCCCUGCACGCCCAGCGGCGAGCGGCCCUUCCACUGUGCGGCUUGCCACAAGGCCUUCCGGCGGCCCUCGGACCUCCGGCAGCAUGAGCGCACCCACAGCACGGAGCGCCCCUUUCAGUGCGAUCUUUGCCAGAUGAGCUUCAAGCAACAGUAUGCGCUCAUGCGUCACCGCCGCACUCACAAGGCUGUGGCCCCUGCCCCGUCUUCGGAGCAGGAGGCUGCUCCGCUGCCUUUCAAGUGCUCCCUGUGCGAGAAAGGCUUUGUGCAGCCAGCCCACCUCCUUUACCACCAACACGUCCACGGCAUUGAGAAUCUCUUCAAGUGCAACGCCUGCCAGAAGGGCUUCAGCCAGUCCUCCGAGCUGCUGCGCCACCGCUGCGUGCAGAGUGCCGAGCGGCCUUUCAAAUGCACGGCCUGCAGCAAGGCCUACAAGCGCGCCUCUGCCUUGCAGAAGCACCAGCUGGCUUCGCACUGUGCCGAGAAGCCCCUCCGCUGCACCCUGUGCGAACGGCGCUUCUUCUCCUCCUCCGAGUUUGUUCAGCACCGCUGUGACCCUGCCCGCGAACGGCCCCUGAAGUGCCCAGACUGCCAGAAGCGCUUCAAAUAUGCCUCCGACCUGCAGCGCCACCGGCGUGUCCACACGGGAGAAAAGCCGUACAAGUGCCCCUCCUGCGAGAAGGCCUUCAAGCAGCGGGAGCACUUGAACAAGCACCACGGGGUCCACACCCGAGAGCAGCACUAUAAGUGCAUGUGGUGCGGCGAGCGCUUCCUGGACCUGGGUCUGCUGCAGGAGCACAGCGCACAGCAUACCUCCACAGAAGGCACUUACACGGUGGCUCCCUGCCUGCCCUGAGCAGGUCCUCUGCCAAGCACAGCCCCCGGGCCCUUCUAGAGCUGGUCCCGGCCUGCCCGGAGAAAGCCCGUCCAUGGGCAAAUCUGACAAAGCAAAGUAAGCCACAGGAGCGAAGGGGCCGUGUGUGGCUUUGGAAAGACUGGCUCUUGAAGCCUGCCGGGCUCUGGCAUCCCCCGGCCAUGACUCCGCUGUUUGCGAACGAUGGAGCAGGACUCUGAGAGCGGCUGAGAAGGGGCCGAGAAGAAGGGCUCGGGAGGCAUGCAGGCCAGGCUCUAAGGCCUCCUCUUACUCAUUGCCAUGGUUUCUCCAUGCAGAGGCUGCAGGCGGCAGCCCUGAGAUGUCGUGUUGGCUUCAGUAGUCCACAACCAUUGGAACUGAAUUCCCUCCACUCCAGUCCCUGGGAAUGCCGCAGGAAGGGCCUGGAGAAGAACUCAAUUUAUCUAUUUAAACGUAUUAUAAAGCUAGAGCAGACACCCCCAACUCCCCAGCCCCCUCCCCCUCCCUUGUGGUAUAAAUAGUUAGGCUUCUCUGUGUAACCUCUGAGAAAUGUAAACAUUCAAGACAAGCAACUGAAGAGCUCAGACAGAAAACAUUAAAACUGCACUGAUCUGUC